AUGACAGCAGGCCUUAAGACCAUCAUAUCGCUGUCCUUUGUUCUGGCCAUUGGAUUUCUACUAGUUAUUCUCUCAUGCGCUCUCUUUCACCAAUACCUCCCACUUCUUGUCGUGGCCACCUACAUACUCGCUCCUCUCCCAAACUGGAUAUGUAGUCGAUGCGCCAACCCAGAUGAUUUUGUCAGCGAAGGCAGCGGAAGUGCAAUUAUAGAUCUCGGCAGAUUUUGUACUGGAUUUCUUGUGCUAAUGGGUAUUGCUCUUCCUGCGCUGCUGGCACAUUCGGAUAUAAUUCGGUGGUACGCUGCAAUUAUGUCAAUGAUCGGUGGAAUUCUUAUAUACGGAACGAUUAUCACGUUUGGAAUGUUUUUCCAAGAGGACUCUGAAUUUUAG